GACAAGUGCAUCUCUGUGCUAAUGUGGUGUGGCAACUCGAACUGAUGUACGUACGUACGAAGUUCUACGUUGUUACUGACUGAUUCCAUGUGAGGGCUUGUCUUGUGACGCCGGUCGGUGCUUUCCUCAAUGUGUGUCCUAUCCACUUCCAGCGCUUCUUCCUGAUUUCUUCCUCCACUGGGAUCUGGUUUGUUCUCUCUCACAGUACGUUGUUGCUAAUAGUGUCCGGCCAACGGAUCUGAAGUAUUUUGCGUAGACAAUUGUUAAUAAACACCUGUAUUUUCUGGAUGAUGGCUUUCGUAGUUCUCCAGGUUUCUGCCACAUACAGUAGAACUGUCUUGACAUUUGUAUUGAAAAUCCUGACCUUUGUGUUGGUUGACAGUUGUUUUGAGUUCCAGAUGUUCUUCAGUUGUAAGUAUGCUGCUCUUGCUUUGUCGAUCCGCGCCUUCACAUCUGCAUCAGAUCCACCCUGUUCAUCAAUAAUGCUGCCCAAAUACGUAAAGGUUUUUACAUCUUCCAAAUCUUCUCCGUCAAUUGUGAUUGGAUUGGUGCAUUCUGUGUUGUGUCGGAGAAUCCUGCUUUUCCCUUUGUGUAUAUUGACACCUACUGCUGCUGAGGCUGCUGCUACAUUGGUCGUCUUCUCCUGCAUUCGUUGUUGCGAUAGCGAUAGGAGGGCUAGAUCAUCUGCGAAGUCUAGGUCGUCCAACUGCAUCCUAGAUGUCCACUGUAUCCCGUGCUUCCCUUCAGAUGUUGACGUCUUCAUGAUCCAGUCGAUCACCAGGAGAAAGAGAAAGGGUGAGAGUAAGCAACCUUGACUAACAUCGGUCUUCACUGCGAACGACUUUGUCAACUGUCUUCCAUGCACGAUUUUGCAGUGUAAUCCAUCAUAUGAGUUUUGUAUGAUGUUGACUAUCUUCUGAUUGGAAAUUAUUGUGUCUUAAUUCAAUGUAUAUAUCUUGUAUUCUUCAUGUCUGUAAUAAAGCGACUAUAGUGAUUGAAUAAUUGAUGAAGAAGACCAAUUUAUUGUUUAAUACAAAUACUAC